UGCUUUGCCUCACUUGAGCCCUGUCUCCUUGGCUGGCUGCCUUCUUUGGCGCAGGCGACCAGCCUUUUGCCUCCUCGGGGCGCGCUUCACACCUGGACGCCGCCACCUGAGCUGAGGGAGACCUGAAGUUUGCGCGCCAAAAGCUGGGCAGGGAUGGAGACCGUCGACCAGCUCACCUCCAAGGGGAGUUUCCGGGCGGUGAAGGAACCCCUGGCUUUCUUGAGGGUGCUGGAGUGGCUUUUUGCAAUCUUUGCAUUUGCAACAUGUGGUGGCUAUUCUGGAGGACUACGGCUCAGUGUGGACUGUGCAAACAAGUCAGACAGCGACCUCAGCAUUGACAUUGCCUUUGCCUACCCAUUCAGGUUGUACCAGGUGAAUUUUGAUGUUCCCACCUGUGAAGGCAAACGACGAGAAAAACUCGCACUAAUAGGUGACUUCUCUUCUUCAGCGGAAUUCUUUGUCACUAUUGCAGUCUUUGCGUUCCUCUACUCCUUGGCAGCCACAGUAGUUUACAUUUUCUUCCAGAAUAAAUACCGUGAAAACAACAGGGGCCCAUUGAUUGACUUCAUCGUGACAGUGGUGUUUUCAUUCAUGUGGCUCGUGGGCUCCUCUUCUUGGGCCAAAGGGCUAUCUGAUGUGAAGGUUGCUACUGACCCAAGUGAAGUGCUCUUACUGAUGUCAGCAUGCAAGCAGCAGUCCAACAAAUGCUUGCCUGUGCGCAGCCCUAUUAUGUCAAGUUUGAAUACUUCGGUGGUAUUUGGAUUCUUGAACUUUAUUCUCUGGGCAGGAAACAUUUGGUUUGUUUUUAAGGAGACAGGUUGGCAUUCUUCAGGCACAAGAUACCCUCAAGACACCGUGGAGAAACAGUCCAGCAGCUACAACCAAGGUGGCUACAACCAAGAUAGCUAUGGGCCAAGUGGUGGGUAUAACCAACAGGGAGGCAACUUUGACCAACAAACCAACUAUGGCCAAGUUGGCGAAUUUGGCCAGCAGCAACAGAGUGGCCCAACUUCAUUUGCUAAUCAGAUUUAGCCCUUGCGGAGUUCUGAGAGUUCUAACACUGAAUUUUAUAUGUGAAAAGUUGAAACACAGUGGCAGCAGAUCUUUGAAGCUUUUAGAGAAAUGAAACAGAGUUUCAUGUAAAAUCAAAGAUCUAACAGGCCAGCUAAGGAAGGUGGGUGGUGGCUCUUGUUUGUUUAUAUAUGAUGCAUUUUCUCCUUGUGAAUAGAUGACUGAUGAUAUAUUCAUCACAGGUGGUGAAUUGGAGUAAAUAAUUGUUGUAUGUACUGUAUAGAUAACUUUACAGUAGUUUUGUAUGUGUAUGGUAGCAGCAUUUUGUAGCCGCAAGUCUGCAGUAUGUAAUAUGCAUUAUUACACAAUUAGAUUAGUAUUAGAUUUUCUUCUGCAUUUUGGUAAAGAGCAAAAUGUGUUUUCAUAUGAUUUUUGAAGGUUACUGUAUACAUCACAGAGCAUGCACUGUAGUUCCUAGGUUUUCAACAGUGCCUGUAUGACUGUUGGUUUGUCCUACUCUAUUUAAUUUUAUUUAUUUAUUUAUUUAUUUAUUAUUGAAGAAUUUUAUUUGACAUUAUUACUGAUUAGCAGAUUUGCAGUAUGUCUUGGUGCAUGAAGCCACAUAAUUUUCACACCAACUGAAUAUUAUGCAUUGUAUACAUGGGAUUCUUCAAUGACUACCAUUACUCUUCUAAAUUGGUUUGUUUAAUAUAAUGCUUUAGAUAAUGUAUGUAUGCCUAUUUUAUAUAUUUUGCAGAGCUGGAUCAAUGGCUUACCCAAAUCCUGAAUGCUACAUAUAACUAAAACAAUUUUCCGUAAAGAGCCAUGCAGAAAUAUAUGCUGUAAACUGACCAAUUCUUUUUUGUUUAACCAAGCUCAGUAUUCCUUCUACAGAUCCAUAUUUCUAUUGAUGUUUUGUGACUCUUUGAACGUGAGCUGUGUAAUGUAAGGACCAAGUAACUGUGUUUACAUGUUUACAAAGGUAUUUAUUUAAUUAGGGUAACAGAAGUGCAGAUAUCAGUAAGUGAAACUAUGUAGGAAAACGACCACAUUGAUUGGUCGUGCUACACAAUAUGUGUACAUUUAGAGCUGUUGUUAAGCACUGCAGAAGAAUACCUAUUCCUAUCUUGCCGUUGAUAAUGUAGAAUGUUUUUCUCUUUAUGCUGUUGCAAAAUUGUCCAAAGUCUGUUGAGUCCAGUCAUGAGGAAUACUGGAUUUGGUGCUAUCAGUCAGUAGAGGGAGUGUGUCAAACAUACGAUCUCAACAAUAAAAAACACAAGGAGGCCUUUCACACGACCUCCGGCAGCCACUGCAAAAGGCUGCGGGGAAGGCAGGCGAACGCCUGCCUCUGCCAGCAGAUGGGCAGCAGCCGCCCUCCACUCCGCCCCGCCGCAGCGGCACAGAGAUGUCAGGAGCUGGGAGUGGGAGGACUUUCCUCCUUCCACAUCCCAGGGUGUCCUGCACGACGAGUGCAGCAUCUACUCUCAUGAGAGCAGCCACCACACUUGGCACGGCUGCUCCUUCCUCCGGGCUGGCUGCCAGAAAUGGCGGUGGGCCAGUGGGAAGCCAUUUAACCUGGCGGUGAUUGCCCAGAGGAUUGUCAGCUGAGGUUAAGUGAACCAUAGGCUCGGCUAAACAGUGGGUCCAAAGGCAGAGCUAGGUGUGAGGACAGCACCAGGAUCAGACCCAAUCCCGGCACUUAGGAACAUAGGAACAUAGGAAUCUGCCAUAUACUGAGUCAGACCAUUGGUCCAUCUAGCUCAGUAUUGUCUUCACAGACUGGCGGCGGCUUCUCCAAGGUUGCAGGCAGGAAUCUCUCUCAGCCCUAUCUUGGAGAAGCCAGGGAGGGAACUUGGAACCUUCUGCUCUUUCCAGAGCAGCUCCAUCCCCUAAGGGAAAUAUCCCUUUUCAGUGCUCACACAAGUGCUCACACUUCUAGUCUCCCAUUCAUAUGCAACCAGGGUGGACCCUGCUUAGCUAAGGGGACAAAUCAUGCUUGCUACCACAAGACCAGCUCUCCACUUCACAAGCACAGCCUAGUCCAGGCUGGGCUGCCCUUGCCUGGGCUUGGCUGCGCAUGUGAACAGCCUCCAGGUCAGUUCCCUAAGAGGUAUUAAGAGGGGUAUAGCUGAGCUAGAGACCAUGCUGAUCUCACAAUGUUCACAUUAUCCUAGAAAAAGUAGUCUCCAUUCAGAGUCAGAUUUCUCAUGCUAGUUGAGGAGCUUUAUUCUCUCCUUUCUCUAGCAACAGAUAGAGCUCUAUACACUUCACAGCAAAAAGGCUGCACCCACUGCUAAGUGGAGAUGAGUUUGAGCUCAGCCUCUCCCAUAUAGCAAAGAAAGGUUAAGCUCUGUUGUCACUGUUGUGUGAGGUAAGUACUGGACUGCUUCCUAAGAGUUGCUUCUAGAAGAUGGGAUAGGCGCUUCCUACCUAAGGUAGGUCUAGGUAGUUAACAGGUCGGGCUGUGAAAAGGGGGAGGAACUGAACCUCCUCUACCAAGCCCAUCUGCCUGAGUUAUCUUGUGCACCAAUUCUCCUCCUCCUCUCUGCUCCCAUGUGAAAAGGCCUCUAGAGUGCUGGCCUGGAGCAUCUCCAUAGAGCUGAUUGAGACCACACUCUACUGGCCUCUGCCUGAAUACACUUCUGCUCCACCACUUCUUUCCAGGAGGAGUGGGAGGCUGAAGCAGAAGGAAAGGAUGCUACCAAAGGUAGUAAGGCCUUGCUGGGAAGGAAGGGGCAGGGGGAAGAAGGGAAUGAAGGUGGGCACACAAUCUGAUCUGGGGGUGGAAAUGACUGUUUGUCAUGCUUCAUGUAUCUUGCAGCUGAGGAAAGAGGUCUGGGGCAAAGAUGUGCAGCAGAACGAGCUGUUUGUUAUGCUUUGCUAAGAAGGGAGCAGCCUUCUUAUGAAGAAGGGAGCAGCAGCCAAUUUGGGGGUGGGUGGAAUUCACAUGCAAACUGGGUUCAGAAAUUCUGUUGGCACCCCCAUAGUUAGACAAAGUCUGUUGCCAGUGUUAGUCACUGCCAGUGCAUGCUUUCUGUGCAUAAGCAUGUACUAAUCAAAACAGGUAGGGUUGGGAGGGAGUUUACAAGGGUUACAAAUCUAACUAAAUGGUUCAUUCCAGAAGCAAGAAAAUGUUGAAUGGGCUACUGCGCAUUCUGUACAAAUGUACUCAGUUUGCAGCCUAUAGCAGAACACACCAUAAGAAAACAUUGGACAUCUGCAUUUCUAAGUGAAAGUGUAUCCGUCUAUAAUAUAAUUCAUUGUAUGAGCUGUGAAUGUUCAAAGCAUCUUUUAGCAUAAAACAGCAUAGUCACUUAUAUGAUUGUUGUAACCAAUGUAUGGCUGCUCGGUGGAUGAAUCAAUAUUGUGAUAUAAAUAUAUAUAAUAUAUGAAUUUGACUGAAAUAAAGUUUAUUGCAUACAA